UCACACGCGUCCUCAGCCACCCAAUAUAGCACGCCUCCUCAGCUGCCCCUUUCCUGCUGUCGCCAAAUCGUGCUUUACACUUCAGCCACUCCGCCAGUGGCUCUUCGCGUUGCUAUCAUCCUGCUGCAAGGCGGUGGUGGCAGCAGUGAGAGCGGAGCUGGCUGCACACAAGGAGGAGAGGGAUGAGUUGCAGCACGAGGUGAAUGAGUUGCGGCUAAAGUUGACUGCUGUGGAGGAGAAGAAUGAGGCGACUGCUGUUGCGGUGGACGAGAGUGAGAGAGAGUUGGCAGCAGUGAAACAGGAGGUGGCUGAGCAAAGCCAGUCAACUAGAUUGCAAUUGGAGGAUGCUGAGAGGACACGAUCGGCGGAGAUGAGGGAGAUGAGAGGGCAGGUGGAGGAGAGGGAGAGGGAGUUGGCAGCAGAAUUGGCAGCUGUGAAAGGGGAGUUAGCUGAGCUUAAGCUGUCAACUGCAUUGCAGUUGGAGGAGGCUGAGAGGAGACGAGUGGCGGAGAUGAGAGGGCAGGUGGAGGAGAGGGAGAGAGAGCUGGCAGCAGUGAAGGGGGAGCUGGCUGAGCAGAAGGAUGCUCUUAUGGAGUUGGAUGUUGACCUGAAAAUCAGCCAGAGUGUUGGCGAUCAGGAGACUGCCUGGCAGGUGAGUGCUGAGGGAAUUGAUGCAUAG